AUGGCAAAAGCCCGCCGGAACAGCGCCAUCGCGGCCGCUGCCUGCUACUUCAUCGCCAUCAUCUUCCUCAUCCUCAUCAUCAUCGGCAACACCUCCAUCAAGCCCGUUCUGACCGACAUUUACUUCUUCAAGCUCGACGUCAGCGACAUCAUCCCCCUCUCCUCCUCCAACGCCGCCCUCCUCAACUCCGUCGCUCGGAGUCUGGGCCUCCACGACUUUUACCAGGUCGGCCUGUGGAACUUCUGCGAGGGAUACGACGAUGAGGGCGUCACCUUCUGCUCUACCCCCCAGCGCAUGUGGUGGUUCAACCCCAUCGAGAUCCUGACCAACGAGCUGCUCGCCGGCGCCACCAUCGCCCUGCCCUCCCAGGUCACCACCAUCCUCAACAUCCUCCGCAUCGGCCAGCAGGUCAUGUUCGGCUUCUUCAUUGCCGGCAUCUCCCUCGCCGCCGCCCUCCUCAUCGCGACCCCUCUCGUCAUGCGCACGCGCUGGUGGAGCCUGCCCGUCGCCAUCUUCGCCUGCAUCACCGGCACUCUCGUCACAGUCGCCUCCAUCAUUGGCACCGUCAUGAGCGUCGGCGCCCGCAUCGCCCUCACCCAGCAGCAGGAGCUCAACAUCAAGGCCGUCCUGGGCGUGCGCAUGUUCGUCUUCAUGUGGCUCGCCAGCGCCCUCGUCACCGUCGCCGCCAUCAUUCACAUGGCCAUGGGCUGCUGCUGCUCGCCGCGCAAGGAGAGAGAGGCGGCUGCUGCGGCGGCGGCGGCGGCGAACAACGGUACGCCCGAGAAGACGACCCACACGACAGAGACGGGCGAGAAGCCAUCGAAGCUAGCGGCGUUUAUGAGAAAGCGCAGCCCGAGGGCGUCGACGUCGUGA